AUGUAUCCUACAUUUGCAUACAGCAUAUUUACUCUCAUCAGAGGUGAAAAAACUGCAGAAACAGGAUACAUGUCUCGUAGAUUAAUGAAAGGCUUGGAAGAUCUUUCUGUUCAUUACGACCAGACUGUGCGCAAUGCUAGUGGAGGAUAUCAGUUUUGUUAUCUCAACUGGCUACUCAAAGAUUUAACUAUUGUCCUCUAUGAUAAGGUUACAUGCCCUGCUAGAGAUGAGGAUGCUUUAUCACCUUCAGAGAUAUCAGAAGUUGUGGAUAACAGAUUCUCAAAGCAUGAUGUGUCUCCUGAGGGUGGCUGUUUUUCCAACCGAAAUUCUAACAAAAUUGAAAAUGUUGUUGCUAAUAUAGCUGGAAUAACAUCCAAACAAUUAAAGGUAUUCUUGGAGACAUGUAUAUACCGUUACCAUUUGAAAAAAGUUGAAGCAGGAGCUGCUAUUGGAGCCAUUGGAGCUCAGAGUAUAGGAGAACCAGGAACACAAAUGACACUAAAGACAUUUCACUUUGCUGGGGUUGCUAGCAUGAAUGUCACACUUGGGGUUCCUCGCAUUAAGGAAAUAAUUAAUGCGUCCAAAAAUAUCAGCACGCCAAUUAUUACUGCCAUUCUUAACAGUGACACUCUUUUUUCUGCACGCAUGGUCAAAGGCUGCAUUGAGAGAACGGUUUUGGGUGAGGUUGCUGAAAGUAUAAAGAUUGUACUGAAGCGUCAAGCAUCCAUAGUUAUCAAACUUGACGUGAAGAAAAGUGAAGACCUACGAUUGGGAAUUUUCAAGAAAUUCAGCAAUCAUAAUUUUGAAUCAUCCAAAACUUAA